UAAUUGAAAAUUAAAAACUUCAUUAAUUUAUAGAACUUAUUCGAAAUGCACAUGAAUGGUGACUUCUCUGAAGGAGGCUGCACUCCGGAGCAGUAAAUAUACUACUACCUUAAUGGCUGCAACUUCCGUCUGAGAGAUACUGCAAUAGUCAAGAAGCCUGAAGCUGGAGCCGAUAGAGUGCUCCCGACGGUGGACGCCUCAACCACCUCCACCUUGUGGGGUUCCCCUGCUCACAUUUCGUCGAGCUCGUACAUUUCCUUGAUACUCGACACGAUAGUAUGCAGAGCAGUAUCCACUAACUUGCCUUUACAAUAAACAUGUUGCGCUACUGAUAAAUUGUCCUCGGAAUGUGCUCCCUUAUGAACCAGUCAACCAUUCUCUACAGAGUUUUUAGUGAAAAAGAAGAGAGGCUGAUUGGCCUGAAGUCUUUGGCUGUAACGUAGUUUGAAUGAAGUUCAAGUCAAGUGCCGUUCAUCCAGAAGGUUGACAAAGGCCGCGCAAUCUUCUUGCAGCGCUCCAAGAGCACUCCCUUUAGAAAACGUAUUGCUCGGGAACUAACCUACUUUUCAUUUGCGUCUUUAAGAUAACCCAGGGAGGACUCAUGGCAGCCCUUCACUUUUUCCCAAAAUAUUUCCAUGUAGUCCUUUUUGCUCUUUUUAACUCGGACUUGUAAAUUGCAAGUCCGGAUUUAUAAAACGCCCAGUCGUCGGUAGACCCACUCCUACGGGCAUUUAUGCAAAAAAAUUUCAACAAAAUUGAAUCGUUAUGUACAAAUUUUUUUCUGCUUUAAUCAAAUUUUCCAACACUGAAACACUAAAUUUAUUCUAUCGAUUUAUCGAUUGUCAAACAUAUGAUUUUGUGUUACACUUGUUACAAUGUCGCGUCGUGUUGUGUUAACAGCGAAACAAAAAAUUGCUGUUUUAAACGAUUUAAAGACUUCCAAAGACCGAAAAAUCAUAGCUGCGAAACACAAAGUUAGCUUAAGCACUAUAUCGCGCAUUCAAAUCGAAGAGAGCAAAAUCCGCGCCAUAACAAAUCCAAAUAGGAAACGGGAUAGGAAAGGCGCACACGUGAAUUUGGAUAGAACCUUGUUGUCCUGGUUUACCCAAAUCCGAUCCCAAAAUGGAAUUGUUACCGGACCUGUCUUGCUUUCCAAAGCACAGGAAUUUGUCUUAAAAUUAAACGAAAGAUAUGUGCCAGACCGUAGUUGGUUGCAGCGUUGGUGCCAGCGAAAUGCUCUUAACUUUUCCAAGAUUUACGGAGAAGCUUGCGAAAAUAACGCAACAAGUGCAGAAGUCUUCACUAUUAACCGUUUGCCUCAUAUUCUUGAAAAAUUUUCGCCGGAUUGUAUAUUUAAUGCCGAUGAAACCGGGCUGUACUACAAGGCGUUGCCAAAUGGAAGUUACAAAGGCAAGUAUGAGAAUCCAAAGGGAUUCAAAACUCAAAAGCAACGCCAAUAAGUGCUUGGAUGGCGAGUGUUAUUUGGGAAAAGAUUCUAAUAAAUCUCCAUCAAAAUCUUAUCUUAUUAUGUUUGAUUGUUGAUAAUGCUCCUUGCCACAAUACAGAUGAGAAAUUCUCAAACAUUACGAUUGAGUUUUUGCCACCAAAUACAACUGCCCUUAUACAGCCACUUGAUCAAGGUAUCAUCCACUCAUUUAAAAUAGAAUAUCGACAAAUCCUAAUAAAAAAACAAAUUUGUGCUUUGGAGAAGGGCCUAUCUAUAGUUGAAUUGCUGAAAUCGCUCACUAUUUUGGAUGGUAUCAAAUAUGCAAAUCGUGCUUGGAACAUUGUUAAGCAGCAAACAAUUAGGAAUUGUUUCAAAAAGCCAGGCAUUGACAACAUUGAAUUCAUUACAGAUGAGAUUGCAGCCACUGAAGGCGAAAACUAUGAAUGGUGCACACUUGGAAACGAAUACAUUCAAUGCGACAAUGAACUUGUCUGCUUUGGAACCAUGUCGGACGAGGAUAUUGUUGCGGACGUAUUGGCAGUCAAUGAAAAUUCUAUUGAAGAUGAGGAAGGGUUCGCGCAAUCUGAUACUUGUAUUAAACACCCCUCAACGAAAAAUGCCUUGCUAAGCUUAGAUUCGCUGCGUGACUAUUUUUUCCAUAACAAUAUAGAUCCCUUAGAGUCUUUUGAAGACAUUGAAAAUUUAAUCCUAGAGAGUUCUGAAAAACAGAAAUGCCAGAAGAAAAUAACAGAUUUUUUUAAGUAAAUUUUGACAAUUUUCAAACUAAAUGAAUUGACUGAAGUGAAAUAUAAUUUUUAGUUAAUCUGAAUAAAUUUAUAUAUUCUAUUUCUUGUGCGCAA